CUUCUCGACCAGCUCGAUCGCCUCUCCCGAUUAUGCGACUUUAGCGUUGCUUCUAGUUCAGGAAUAUGGACAGCCUGCGUUGAAACAACUAAUCUACCUGUUUUGUCGUUCUACUGUGAUCCACCGACUUCGAUGUGGCGUUUAGUCUGAGAUCCCAGGAACAAAACACUGAAGUCUUUUGGACGAUCGCUUGCAACAUUUGGUUUUGUGCGAAUCCACAUUUAAUCAACCGUCGAUCCAAUAUGCGAAUCCGUAUACGAGGGCCAUCGGGAGGCUCCUCGACUGCGACAUUAGACGACGCCGCAACGAUAGAAACGCUGCGAAAGACGAUCACAACGGAAACAUCAUUGACUAGUUUCGAUGUCAAGUACGGAUAUCCUCCUAAAACACUCCAGCUAGAUCAGUAUCCUCCGUCACAGCUACUAACCUCGCUCGAGGUCAAAUUGAACGGCGAGCAACUCAUCGUCAAUAGCACCGAGGCCACCAAAGGGUUAGGGUCGGGGCGUGGCUCUAGCGAUCGACAUGAAUCAUCGGCCAGCCAAAGGUCUGCACCGCCAGCAACUUCAGAGGUUAAAACAACCCCUGCACCAUUAUCUUUGUCCCGGAAAAGCAAUCCUGCCAUGGAUGACCCGCCAGAGGUGUUGAUGCCAGAAGACGGGGGGACGUUAGUGCUCCGCAUCAUGCCUGAUGACAAUUCCUGUUUGUUCCGGGCGAUCGCCAGUGCUGUUAUCUCAGACCUAGAUGCCGUCACCGAGCUGCGCUCGGUGGUUGCACAAACCAUUCAGGCGCAUCCCGAAAGGUAUUCCAAGGCCAUUCUUGACAACAAAGAGCCGGAUCAAUAUUGCCGGUGGAUUCAGUCGGAAGAUGCGUGGGGUGGUCAAAUAGAAUUGGAUAUCCUCAGUCAACAUUUCAACGUGGAGAUAUGCAGCAUCGACGUGCAGACACUGCGAGUCGACCGGUACAAUGAAGGGGCACACAGUCGUUGUUUCGUUGUCUACUCGGGCAUUCACUAUGACACAAUUGCGCUAAGCCCAUUUGCGACCUCAGAGCCCGAAUUUGAUCAAAAGCAAUUCGAGGGGCCACAAGCUGACGCGGUGCUGGUGUCGGCGGUCAAGCUGUGUCAGAAACUACAGGAACGACAUUACUACACUGACACGGCCGGAUUUUCGAUUCGAUGCGGUGAUUGUGGAGCGAUCUGUGUGGGUGAAUCAGGUGCCACUAAGCAUGCUGAGCAGACAGGGCAUUAUAACUUUACAGAGGCGGCCACGAGUUGAGGAGUUGAGGUUGGCGCUUUGACUAUGGUCAAGAUGUAUCAUGGCUAGGGACCCCUGGUAAUAGUAUAGCACUAUGAACCAUGACAUGAACCCGGCCUCGACAGUGUUGAUUGUUUACUGGCACUUGGAGUAGA